CGAUAACGUCAAUGGAGUCGCCAUCUUCUCCCCUCCCGUCUCGAAGCUGCGAGAUUCGUCGCGACGAUGUAUUCGGCCGCUGCGUUCUCUUCUCCCCUGCCCGCGCGCGCCGACCCUCCGACUUCAAAUCCCGCCCGCCUCCUCCUCCCUCCCUCCCUAACCCUAAGCCCUCCUGCGCUUUCUGCGCCGGCCACGAGAGCAAGUGCGCGCCGCAGAUAUUUCGCCUUCCCCCAGGCUCUUUAUCUGACUGGAAGAUCCGGGUCAUCGAGAACCUCUACCCCGAUCUCAGCCGCGACGCCGAGCCCUCGCCGGUCCCUGCCGAUAUCCCAGACGCCGUCGCGCUGGGAAAAUACGCGCUAACCGGAUUUGGGUGCCACGAUGUGCUCAUAGAGACUCCGGACCACUCUGUCCACCUGCAUGACCUCUCCCCUGAGGAGAUUGGACAGGUGCUGGCGCUCGCGAUCAAGCAGCGGAUCUUGCACCUGGCGUGCCUUGAAUCGAUUAAGUAGGUUGAGGUGUUUAAGAACUACAGUGCAUCAGCUGGAGCAUCAAUGACCCAUUCGCACAGUCAGAUAAUGUGACUUCCACUUGUUCCUCCUUUGGUUUCUACUCGCCUUAAUAGCAUGAAGAAGUUCUAUGAUAUGACUGGCAAAUGCAGUCUGUGUGAAGCUUUGUCCAACGAUCUGUUAGUCGCUGAAACAAUCCAUUAUUUUGCAAUUGUUCCCUUCGCUGGUUCAUAUGCCUUCGAGGUGUGGAUAGUGCCUCGUGAUCACACUGCUCAUUUCCAUGAAAUUGAUCAUGAAAACGUAUGAUUUUUUGCUAUAUUCUUUAUAUAUAUGCUGUUUUUGUUUAUCAUCUUCUUACUUGCUUAGUGAGAUUUGUAUGAAAGCAUUCUCAUUGCUGGAGGAUAGAAAUUUAG